AUGAAAGAUAAUCAAGAAGCUGCAGCCUUUGGGGGUCGCGUUCGCACUGGGCAAGUUCCAGUAUCUGUCAACUAUCAUUUUUCACGAAAGUGUAACAAGGAAUGCCUCUUUUGUUUUCACACGGCAACCACAUCCCAUGUCGAAAAGCCAGAAAAUGCCAAGAGAGGUUUGACUCUCCUCAAGCAAGCCGGCAUGAAGAAAAUUAACUUUGCUGGCGGAGAGCCAUUCCUCUACCCAAAAUUUCUUGGGGAGAUGAUAGAUUUCUGCAAAGAAACUCUUCAACUUGAAUCUGUCUCCAUUGUUACCAAUGGGAGCCUUGUCAAGGAGCAGUUCCUUCAGAAGCAUGGCCGUAAUAUCGACAUUUUGGCGGUCAGCUGCGAUUCAUUCAACGAGGCCACAAACAUAAAGAUUGGGCGAGGAUCCGGCGACAAUGUUCAAAAGUUGUAUGAGAUUGGUUCUUGGUGCCAGAAAUACGAUAUCAAGUUCAAGCUCAACACGGUGGUGAACAAAUUUAACCACUUGGAGGACAUGAACGAUCACCUCAAUGCACUCCAGCCAUUUCGCUGGAAAUGCUUCCAAGUGCUCAUUGUAACUGGAGAAAAUGAUUCCGAUAAGACCCUUCGCAACGCUCAUAGCCUAACCAUUUCUGACGACGAGUUUGAUCGCUUUUGCGAGAGACAUAGUAGCCAAACGUGUCUUGUCCCAGAACCCAACCGGCUGAUGGCCAAAUCCUACCUCAUACUCGAUGAAUACAUGCGUUUCUUGGAUAGAAAUGGCCAACAACCAUCAAAGUCCAUCUUGGAAGUUGGCGUGCAGCAAGCUUUGCAAGCAGUUUUCUGGGAUGAAGAGGCAUUUGUGGAACGAGGAGGCAUCUACGAUUGGAACAAGUCGUCUUGUUCCUCGGAUAGUAAAGAUCUAGAGUGGUAG